GUUUGUUUGGGGAAGUCGUAACACAACUAAGCAUGUAUGUAGCUUACGUCUUCAUAUCUGAGGUAGAACCUGGAAACUCUGUUGCAUACAUAUAAGAUGAUUGGAUAACUGGAUAAUCCGAUUGAUUUGGUAGCAACUGAAACAAUCUGGAAUUUAGUUGCAGUGGUUUUCAAUAGGCGAAGUUCGCUACUUGAAGUUCUUUCCCACUCUGUUUCAAGUAUUUCAGAUGCAUCAAAGGAGGCUCUCAGUCUUAUGACUAAAAGAUCCAUUCAGAAAAUAACACAUGACCAUGGAGGUUCUGGGUCAAAACAAGACACAUAUGGGCACAUUUGAAGGAACAUGUUUUAAACAACGCACUAUGGCUGGAAAAUGGACUGUAAGGUGUUGCGUCACUGUGGCAGCAUGGACACGUAGAUGUUUUAAAGUGUCCAGGCUAAGGCAACCCCUGUUGCUGCUCAUGCUAGUCAUCAUGUCACUUCUUGUACCCUGCUAUGCAAGUCAACCUGAUGUUGUCCAUUAUAAUAAACCAGGAACGGAAAAAGACAUGCACUUUUGGUUCCAUGGAAACGAAUCCAAGAACAGCACGCAUGACCGUACGCACUAUCCUAAAGUGAACUGGCACGAGGAGGGGCACGGAGGAAUUCAUGUGGCUGCGUGGAACUUUCAGCAUGUGAAAGCGCCGUUGGUUAUUGUAAUGUUUACCACAGUGGCAGCACUAUGCAAGCUUGGUUUUCAUCAUGCAAACUUUUUAUCAUCAAUUGUACCAGAAUCAUGUCUUCUUAUUGUGUUGGGGACUGUUCUGGGUGGCAUUUUAACAGGUGCCGGAGCAGAUUUUUUCCCCACUUCUCUCCCUCCAGAUGUCUUUUUCCUCUACCUUUUACCACCAAUAAUACUGGAAUCAGCCUACAGUUUGUAUGACAGAACCUUCUUUGACAAUGUGGGAACUGUCAUGUUCUAUGCAGUGAUUGGCACAGUGAUUAAUUGCUUUCUAAUAGGUCCAACCCUGUAUGGGCUGAUGUCAGUAGGGGCCAUGGGGGACGACUUCUCAGUGACAUUUGUCCAGUGUCUUCUGUUUAGUGCUCUCAUAGUGGCAGUGGAUCCAGUGGCUUGGUGGAACCACUGACCAUACUACUGCUGGCAUACCUGUCCUAUCUGUCUGCAGAACUGUUCCAUUUCUCAGGAAUUAUUGGUAUUUGCUGCUGUGGCCUGAUGCAGGCCCACUACGCCUUCAAUAACAUCUCCCACAAGUCUCUCACCACCGUCACCUACUUCAGCAAAAUGUUAAGUACUGCCAGUGAUUGUAUGAUCUUCAUGUUCCUGGGUUUAACACUGGUUAGGCCAGACCAUGACUGGCAUACUGGGUUCACUCUCUGGACUCUGUUCCUUUGUUUAGUGAUCAGGUUUAUGAGUGUGUUUGGUCUGACAUUGAUUGCUAAUAAGCUGUACAGGCUCAGGAAGAUUGAGCUGGAGGAACAGUUCAUCAUGGUAAGACAGAGUAUGAUACUUUGA